AUGGAGGUGCUUGUGUUGCCCGCUUCCGACUUUGAAGUUGAGCAUUUUUUUGUGCUCGUCGACAAAAACGUCCUCGCAACAAUUGUGGUUAACGAGACAAAUAUUGCAAAUGAUGGGCCAACCCUCGAGAUAAAAGCAUUCAAUUUGGUUGAUGUCGGUUUGGUGGCUUUUUCAUGUCAAUACACUUUGCCAGAAAAUGUUUGUUCAAAAGAAGUCACUUAUUCGUACUAUUUUGGAACUGACCCAGGACUUGCGAAAAACGAAAGAUAUCAUAUUAUGGAAGCUACAGUUGAUGGCUCGCCGAUUACCACACGAACCCGUGCCACGAGCGUAUUUACAAACGAAGAAUGUGCAUUUUGUCUUCGCUAUCAACCGAAUCAGCUUUAUAUGUACCAAGAAGAAGUGGCGGUCUGGACUCCAUACUACUUUCCCUGGUUUCCAGAUAAUGAUGCUCAAGACAGGCUUUCCUGUUACUAUUACCAAGAUCAAUUUCAGACGAGCGGGCAAGAGGUGCAGGCAACGUUCGAGGUGAAACUAAUUGAUGGUGGUGCAAUUGAUUUCAAAGCUUACCCUGCGCCAAUUUGCAAUUACAAUGGUCAUGAAUCUUUCACUAAAACGUUUCUCCCCGAAAUGUCCGGAACCAAAUUUGAGUUCAUUGCGGUUUGCUAUAAGAUCUUUUGGUGUCCUGACUAUGACCAAGAGCCAGCUCCAGGCAAUGGAUAUGUGGUAUUGGCUCAAUUCAAGAGCAUCACAAUUAGUGCAUUUGAUGGGGCUGACUUUGACAUUGAUUACGCUCAGAACGGAUGCAACGCUGUACAUUUGAGUGAACCGGAUCGGUCAAAUGUUGAGCAGAUCAAUGCUCCUUGUUGGGAUCCAUUACCUUUCAGCAUCGAAGGAAGAACUUUGACGGCCGAGUCCGGUGAAGUGAUGCUUUACACCCAUGCAAAUGAUUCUUCUGGUGGCGACUUCCAAGGAUUUUUCUAUAUCACUCGCUUUAAAAUCAUGAACGCUUCUCAAUUGGUUGUUAGAGCAGCCAGCAAAUCAGGCACCGAAUCUGCAAUUUCGUUUCAAGUCCGUCAAUGGGUCGAUGAAAACAAAAAAACAUUUGUCGUACCUGGGCUCAAUAACGACACAAACUCUGCACAAGAUUCAUUUUUUGUUGUCGUCAAAAAUAACUAUAUCGUCACUGUGGUGCCAAGUCCGGAAACUUAUCGCCUCAACAAUGAGGGACCUCUCACAAUGAUCAAGUUUAUACAAACCGAUCCUCUUUCGACAAACCCCGAGUGUAAGACCUUUCAGCAGGAGUUAUCAUGCCUAAACCAUGUUCAAGAUAGUUAUCCCGUGUACGCUGGAGGAAAUCCAGGUCUAAAGAGGAAUGCGAGUCAUCUAGUAAUUACAAUUGGUAGCGGCGUUAAAGUGCACGUGCGAUCAACAGCAGUGACCGCUUUUUCACAGAAUGGUUGUGAUUUCUGUUUUCAAUUCGAUUCACGAUUUCCGGAGGAGGAAUUGCUUGACGUCAAUUUGGACACAACUACACUUUGGACGCCAUUUUGGUACCCUUGGCUUUUCGAUCAGCCGGAUUUGAUUGCUUAUGCCUUGAUGAAUUCACACCAAUAUUACAACAAAGCUCCUAAAGUUUUAGCGCAAAAUGACGAAUUAUGGUCGUUGUCCGUUGAUCGUUGUGAUGGUGGAAGACUCCAAGUGAAUGGAUUUCACCUGACUGGCCAAUCGUGUGGAAACACCUAUACACCCGCAUUUGAUGGAAAAGAAAAGUCAACACAGUCCACUUACUUCUUCGCUGCAUGCAUCAAUAUUUCUUGGUCUAACGAUUUACCACCCGUUGGAUAUGCUGGAUUUACACUUCGUUUGUCGUACCACCCAUCAAGCCAUCCGCCAACUCUCUGGACUGACGCUUUGGAAUCAACGAGUACAGAAAUGUGGACAAACCUCAUCAUUUACAUUGAUGAAGCUGUCGAUUUAAUAAUGGACUUCACGAAACUUCCCUGUAACAACAAAGCAUGCACAGACCCACCUCAAUUUACAGUAAACAACAUCACUCUCGAAGUCGACAGUGACGACACCAUUGUGUCAUUUGCAACAAAUAGAAACGACACUUCACCGUAUGCUCAUUACUGCGUGGCUCGUCUAAAGUUGAAAAGUUUAAAGGAACUUCAUAUUAGCCGAAAUGAUCAACGGUGCGAUGCUGAUAGCCAAUAUGCUGUUUCGUUUCGAGUAACAAAAUGGGUAAACGAAUCAGUCAAUGUGCUUUUACUACCCGAUGUCGUCAGGAGUACACUUAAUUUGCGGGAUGCGGAUAAUGAUGCCAAUUACUAUUACUUUUUGAUCGAGGAAAAUACAAUUGCCGUCGUCGUCCCAGAUGAAUUUCAUUAUGACGAUGGUCCAUUUUCUCUUAUAAGACCAAUCAGUCGCGAUUCUCUCUAUUCGGCCGAAUUCAACGAUUGCCCACUUUAUCGACAACAAAUUCAGCAACACUCCACCCAACAAAACAAUCAAUUUUACGGGAGCUUGUGUUACGGUCACAUGGUGUGCCAACCGCACAAAAGA